AUGGCUUCACAAAUUUGCUUGGUCCUCUCAACUCACCAAAACUCCUCCUUCUCCUUCAUUCACAACCCCAUUCCAAAAUUCCCUUCUUCCACCAAACCUCCAUUUUUACCCCAAAACUACAAGAAAGAAACACUGCAAGUAUCCCUUUGUUUGAGCAAGAGGGAGCUUAACUUAUCACUUGUUACACUUCUCUUAAAUGGGUUUUAUGCAGACGUUUCCAAAGCCGAAGAAAUGGAGCUCGAAAGAUACACAGAUUCCACGGAGGGAUUCACAUUCCUCAGACCCUCUUCUUGGAUUAAGGUGGAUAAAGCAGGGGCCACAGUUCUAUUUCAGGAGGCAAACAAGGGAAGUAACAAUGUUGGAGUUGUGGUGAACCCAGUUCGUCUCUCCAGUCUUGGAGCAUUUGGGACUCCUCAGUUUGUUGCUGAGAAGCUUAUUCAAGCCGAAAAGCGCAAGUGUCCUUAUUACGUGCCUGCUAUUUAG